CUCUCUCCACCCCCAAGUGCAGCUCCAUCUUCAGUACAUAUUACUCAGUAAUAGAACAUUGAGGCUCCGAAAUUCCGAAUACGAUUUUCUCACGAUCACUGAAGGAUUAUCUUCCGUUGUUUUCUCGUCAUUUUUACUUUAUUCUACCUCUGUUUCGACUUUACGACCCCAUUUUCUCUGAGGAUGUCGGUAGCGGGUUUGAAGAAGCAGUUUCAUAAAGCCAGUCAGUUACUGAGUGAGAAGAUAAGCGGGGCUGAAGGAACAAAGCUCGAUGAAGAUUUCAUGGAAAUGGAGCGGAAAAUUGAUGUCACCAAUAAGUCUGUGUUUGAGCUUCUUACCAAAACCACAGAAUACCUCCAGCCAAACCCAGCAUCACGAGCCAGACUGGGGAUGCUGAACACCAUGUCAAAGAUCAGAGGACAGGUAAAGACCACCGGCUACCCACAGACAGAGGGGCUUCUGGGGGAUUGCAUGAUCCGGUAUGGCCGUGAACUCGGAGACGACUCUACAUUUGGUUGUGCUCUGUUGGAUGUGGGCGAGGCUCUGAAACAAAUGGCUGAUGUUAAAGACUCACUCGAUAUCAACGUGAAGCAGAACUUCAUCGAUCCUCUGCAGACUCUGCAGGACAAGGACCUGAAGGAGAUUGGGCAUCAUCUCAAGAAGCUGGAGGGACGGCGGUUAGAUUUCGACUAUAAAAAGAAGCGACAGGGGAAGAUUCCUGAUGAUGAAAUCAAGCAGGCUGUGGAGAAGUUUGAGGAAUCUAAGGAAAUUGCUGAGAGGAGCAUGUUCAAUUUCUUAGAAAAUGAUGUAGAGCAGGUGAGUCAGCUAGCUGCUCUGAUCGAGGCGGCGCUGGAGUAUCACCGUCAGUCCUCUGACAUUUUGGAGGAACUCAGUGGCAAAUUACAGAGCAGGAUAAACACAGCAAGCAGCAAACCUAAGAAAGAGUUCAAUCCAAAGUCCAUCAUGUUCAGCCUGGAGACCAUCAAUAGCAAUCAGCAUAAUGGCAUCUCCUACACAUCCUCUCUAAAAUCCACAGAUGCUGAAGUGAACCACAGUAUAAAUGGAAAAAUUGAUUACCUCAGCCAUCCUCCUCCCAUCAAUCCAGACUGGUCCGAAAGCCCCAGAGUGAGCAGUCAGACGGAUCUGCACAUGGACCAGCCUUGCUGCCGCUCGCUGUACGACUUCGACCCCGAGAACGAAGGGGAGCUCGGCUUCAAGGAAGGAGACAUCAUCAUCCUCACCAAUCAGAUUGACGAGAACUGGUACGAGGGGAUGAUCAACGGCGAGUCAGGCUUCUUUCCCAUCAACUACGUUGAGGUCCUCGUACCCUUACCACAAUGAGGCUUGUAAACACUGACUCUGUACAAGAGACACACUCUGUGGAAUCUUCAUCUUUUAAUGCUUUAUUUUUCAGCGUCUAAGAGUAGUGAUUCAAGACAACUGGAAGUGUAUUAGAUUCUUGAUGAGUAGAGAACAUCUCAAAAGUUAGAUCAAGUCCAGUCACCUUGAUUCAUUAUUUCUAGACAUUAAUGAGCUGGAUGCCUGAAAAUCCUAGUAGGCUUUAUUUUUCAGUAUUUAUUUCUCUUUUGUAUGCAGUAUCCAGUGUGUGCUUCUGACCUUCUAACUUAGCCUUUGACAUUUGUUCAGCACUCUUUUUUUCCAGGUAUGUUGAUGGCUAGGGCUGUGCUUUUUGUUUGUCUUUUUUUUUUCUUUUCUUUUUUAUAAUUCCAGGUUCAUGUGGUUUAGCGGUUUGAGUGCCUGCACUGAGCUUUCAUGCCACCGAAACAUAAUUUAUAAAAUGUGAGGAUCUCUAAUGCUGUUGCGCUUUCUCUGUUGCGCACUUGCUCUUAUUAUCUGUCUUUUUGUUUACACAUGACUUAUUGUGAUUAUCUGGAAUCAUGACAGCAGUAACAAAUCAAAAACGAUGCAGAGAUUGAAGUACAGGGUGGGCGAUGUGGCAAAAUGAUUAUACAUCACAAUUCUUCUCUCACAAUGCAUACUAUCUGUAUCAUUUCCCAAUGAUAAUCAUCCUCGAAUUAGCUACUUGGUGUAACAGUGGAGAGAAGGUCAGAGAAAGGCAGGAGUUUUCAACCUGUUUUCUUCAGUGACCUCAUUUUCACCUUCAGACAAAAAUUCAGACUGCUACUAAACAAAACAUGCAAAUAUCCGUAAAUGUUAUAAACAUGAACUGCUACUCUGUAUGGUUACUUAUAGUUUGUGUAUUUUCCUAUGUUCUGCGGUGAGAAGAUACACAGAACAGAAGGCUUCUGCUACAGAAUACAGACCAAAGUAUCGCCCAUGUGUUGUUUAGCAUCUGGGUAACCUUUUUUUGUAUGACGAUGCAGUGCCAGUAAUCUUUAAGUAGUUCCCUGCUGCCAAUGUCUGGCCACUGUGAAUAACAGUGCAUUGAAACGUGUGAAAGGUUGACAGAAUCACAUUCAGUUUGUGACAUUAAUCUUAAAUUCAUUAAAUCAAGUUCAUGUGCAUAGACUCCAUUAGCUGGAAAAAAUCUCCUGCAGCUCCGUCUGACCCUAAACCUGAGAGCCGACGGUGUACUGGCCAUCGUAUAAUAUAUACUUAAUACAAAAUGUCUACACACUCAAACCAAACCAAACACAAACCAAGACAAGAUCAGAAAUUUUUUUCCACCCCUGUGUGAAAUUACAACAUAUAAUAAUUAAGUGAAAAAACAGGAAAAAUAAGAAAUAUAAAGAAGUCAUAAUAACCUAGGUGCAUAACUGUGCUGGUUUCAGAAUGAACCAGUGACAUUCAGUCAUUCAUAUUGAAACAUAAGCUUAAAAAGCUGUCAUAAAAUACAUGAUUCAGAUUAACCCCUAUUACAGUUUAGUUGUAGGAUAUUUUUUAUCUAAUCUUGAGUUCAUUCGUAGCAGCUGUUCACAGACGGUGUUCUAUAAACGGGGGGAAAAUACUGCCAUGUGUUAAGGGGUGUGUAUACAUGGUUAAGGGAGUAUAUACUUAUGCAACUAGGUUUUUGUUUUUCCUUUUUUUUCCGCCCUGUUUUUCACUUAAUAUUUUUUGUGUUUAGUCCUGGGCUGGAUGGACAUGACUUAUCCUGUUUUUGUUUUUUUUUUAAUCACAACACCUGCCAUUUUAACAGCAGUGUGUAGACUUUUAUAUCCAUUGUAGCAUUUCUUAGUCCUGGUCACAAAGUUUUGGUGUUUAAGCUCAUGAGCUAAUCGGAGAGCCUAAAUUGGCUUAAAUUGGAUAGAGACACCAGCAUUUAAAUGACAGGUGAGCUCCAGCGCAAGCACAAAGAAACACUGGUGUAAUAAAAAAUAAAUCAGCACAAAAAUCCCUUGUCUGAUUUAUUCCAAGGUGACACCAACAAACUGAACCUGAUGGUUUGGUAUUAACUGUCUUCUUGUCGUGAAACAUAAUGUUUACUCUCAGUUAUGAUAACGUUUCUAAUCACAUGUAAUCAGCCAGAGAAGAACAUAUUGUAUCACAACAUAUUGUCUCAUCGCCCAUCUCUGAAAACUUGUGUCAAAUCCUGAAGUGUUUCUUUAUGUUAGGAUUGCGGUAGUAUUGCACUAAAGCUUUAGAAUCAACAGUCAGUCACAUGGCAUGUUGGAUUUCCUGUUUGCACUUUUUACUGAAUCUCUGUGCCACACCAUGUGUUGACAUCAGCCUGUCUCAGAGGGUAAACAAUGUAUGUUCACCUUGGAGCUAAUAUUUUCCCAGUACCAUACGAUGAUGUUACAAAACCAAAAAACCUGCAUCAUGUUUCCAGCGGUCCAGUCGUUUGCAUAGAAAGCUUUGCAAUGCUUUUCAUGCCUUGCUUGAUUGUUUUUAAACUGACGUGUCAAGACUGACAUUUUGAUUAGCCAAGUGCCGAUAUUACAAUUUCAUAUCAGGGUCGUUGUUGAACCACGACGAUAUUGAAAAACUAACUUGGAAUUUGGAAUAACACACAAUCAUUUUUGGCUUGUUUGUACAUAACAGUCCAACAGUUUUAGACUCGAAGAAUAAAUGUUGAACAAUGCAGUAUAUAUUAUACCUGAUUUUUGGCACUUGAUCAGUAAUGACAUUAUAAAAAAGUGGUAAAUGACUGUAUUCCUCCAGUGCCACAAAACUACUCUGUGUAGUUUAAUCGAGCCAUUCGUAUUUUUAUUUUAACAGCCGAUGACUACUUUUUAUCAUCUGCUCUGUGAAGACGUUUGCAUGGCUAUGACUGCCUUUUUCUGUGCUGCGUUUUGUCACUGUUGCCUUUGCUGGUACAAGGAAAGAUCACUAGAUGUGUCAUGCGGGAGAAAAGGGAAAAGAUUUUAAUUCUUUAUUUUGUUCAAAUUAGGGCUGCAAUUAAUGAUUGUUUUCUUUUUCUGAUCCACUGAUCAUUCUGCUUUAUACUGUAUCAUAUAUAAGUAUUUUAUAAAGGAGGCGAAAUCAAGACGGGAAAUUUUCCAAAAUUCAGCAGCAACAACCCGAUGGCUGAUGUGCUAAUUACCCUGCAUCUUAACGGUGGAUUAACAUUAAUAAAAGCAUCAAACUAUUUUACAGGUCGGUUUAAUUAUCAAACAGCUCAAAUUUUGCAGACCUGUUGCAGCCCUAGUUAAAAUAAAUGUGCUAUAAAGUGCAGGCAUCUGUGAACUGUUCGUUAUCACAGUUCGUAAUAAUGUCACGUUCUUGUAUUUCUAAAAAAGAAAAAAAUUACAAUUUUAUUCCCCAUGUUCUCAUUUGUCCAGAAUAAGAAACCUUGGAAGACAUCUGUAUUUUCUAUUUUACGGAAUAGAACAGACUUUAUCUAAGGAGUAUUAUCUCUAUUGGGCUUCUCACAAAUAUAAUCCAUAUGUUAUGGGUGUUGCUUAAUGCAACAUUGUAGACCUGAUGAUCUGCUUUCCACGUGACUAGCUGCACUUUUCAACCAGUUUAACAGUGUUUUAAAUUUUACUUAUUGCCAUAUUAUGUAUGUUUAUUGUAGAUUUGACUGAGAUGACCAGCGGCACAUUUACAGUAUACAGUAUUUUUAAAGCUUAUCGUUGCCAAGUAAUUGCUUUUGCUUGAAUACAAGGUGAAUAGGAAUGAGACAAGCUUAAGCAGGCCUUAAUGUGAAAUACUUAAGCUGUGGUGCUCCAUCUGUUGAGCUCAAUGAACUGUUGUUUAGACUGUUUAUUAAUCAUACAGGAGUCCAGAGAGGCCUUGCGUUACAUUUAUAUCGUCCCCUAUGAAAAAAUUCAUCAUGCUUUAAGCUUAUAGCUAGCUAAAUGUACUGACUAAAUGUACGGCAAAACAUAACGGAUGAAAUCUAUUUGGUUUUAUUUUAAUUAUACUGGUCUAGACUGGUAUUGUAAAUUGUUUACCGUUUUGGUGUAGAUAAAUACGGUUAGGAACGAGCCUAGGUACAAAUUUAAGCUGUUAAACCAUUUGACUUUUGUGUAAAUUCCUGAUACAAACCUAGACUAAUUAUUUCCACUUCAGAUCAGUCACUAUAAUGGGACGAUAUAAUAAGAAUAAGGCAGGUUCUUUCUGGACUUGUGUUAAGAACACUACUGACUCCUCUACCUUUACAUGUUUUGUCCUGUAGCUUUCUAGUCAAUUUUGUCACUACAGUACUUGUUUCAGAGAGACAGGCAUGUGGACCAUAUGUAUUUUUUUUUUCUUUUACUCUCUUUAGUAUAAUUUAUACAGAAAGUGUUUUAUAGAUGUAAAUGAUAUAUUACAAACUGUAUAUUGCAUAAAUAAAUGACAAAUCCUGAAUAAUCGUGGA